GAUUAUAACUUUCCAUGUGCCUGUAAUUCUCAUGACUUGAAAUAAUAUGCCAGGUUCAAGUUAAGUUCAGCAUAUGUGGCAUAAUGUUGAUUACCACCAAAAUGUAUUUGGACUUAUCUGUCAAAAUAGAGGUUGCAGUGAAGCACUUACAACGGAAGUGAAUGGGGCCAAAUUUUGGAAGGUUUAAAAGCAGAAACGUGAAUCUUAUAAUUUUAUAAAAGCACAUAUUAAUUUUGUUAAAACUCAUGUAUUAUUUGAGCUGUAAAGUUGUUUAAAUCGUUACUUUUACAGUCGUUUUAGGGUUUGUUGACGCAAGACAAAUAGUGAAUCAUCGUCAUGGCAACAAAGUUGUUAAAUUGGAUAUAACUUUACACAGAAAACGUUGUGAUUUUAUUACACUAAAAUCACGUUAACGCGCAUAUUGUUCAUGUCUUGUGGCUAUACUUUUGAAACAGUGAGUAUUUUAAUGUUUGCUGAUUGGCCCCAUUCACUUCCAUUAUAAGUGCCUUUUUUUAUUUUUAUUUUUUUUUAAGGAAAGGAGGAGCAAGUCAAAAUGACUUUAGCUGUGUCUGAAAUCGCCCACUCGUUCACUCAUUCACUAUUUCCUAUAUAAUGAAUGGCAGUGAGUGCACUAUUUAGAGGAUAAGGGGCGGUUUCGGACACAGCUUUUGACACAAAUGCUUUUGAUUGUUGUCGCUUGGCAACGUGGACGCCGUCGCGCACUGCAGCACCGGAAAUACAGGACACGACCUAACGAGAGAGAGAGAGAGAGAGAGAGAGAGUGAGUGAGUGGUGUGUGUGUGUGUGUGUGUGCGCUGGGGAAAGUGGAGUUAAUCCUCUGCCUCGCAUCAGCCGUGAACAAUUUUAUCAGCUUCUUCUUUAGGCUGUGGUCAUGGCUGAUUGAGCUGUUAGGCCGCCCGUAAAAUCUCAGCAGACAAACAGCAGGGGUAUAAAGCGUGGGAGGAGGUGCUCCACCGGAGAGACUGCAGCGCGUCAUCAUCCAAGAGCCGCUUCUGCAAGAGGGAAAACAAGGAUCUGGACAGUCAUGCUCACAGUUGCUGAUAUCGAGCUUGUAAAGUCUGACCAGUUCCUUUCAUGAUUAUUAUUCGUAUGUGUGAUUGUGAAAUUUACUCGCAUCCUUGAUGAAAUAUCGUGAAUCAGAGCAUCUCCGUUGAUGUUAUUCAAACCAUCCAGCCUGUUAGCAGCACCGCUCAGCUGGUAUGAAAGAAGAGCGCCAAUACCAGAAGAAACGCGUAAAUCUGGAAGAGGGUAAAUUGGCGAUGUGAUGAUGUGUGUUAGCUUAGCAUUCUGAAGAGGCGAUGCGACAAAAAUGUGAGGCUGUGGCGGUGCCAUGAUCUGUCAUUUAUUUAUUAAUGCAAGCUUCGCAUAUUUGCAGCUCCACAUAGGCUACAGACAAUGCUGAACUGUAAAAGUUGUUUUUUUUUCUAUACAUUUUUAUAAGCUUUGAACCCACAUCAAAUGGGACAGCUGUCAUUUCCACAAAGUGCCUCAUGUCCCCUUAAACACAGGACAAAGGGACAAAAAAAUGAAUCGUCUUUGCUCUGUCAAUAAUAACUUCCCAUAUGACAACAACCUCCUGGUGUUGGAUAUGGUCCUGAGCUCAGUUUGGGCAACACCUAAGCCAAUCAACUGGGAGAAUGUUGCUAAGUUGGUGCCAGGGUUUACACCUAAAGAGUGUGCACAAAGGUUUGAAGAGCUGAAGACUACAGGCAGUUUUCCUCAUGUUGAUGACCAGUGUAACCCACUGACUGGAGCGGUGGGCUCUCCAACUGAACCCUUUUCCUCCUACCUCAAAUCCAAACUAUUGGACAUAACUGGAGAGACAGGGGAAUCACAGUCCAAUCAGGGCUCUCUCUCAGUGUCAGGCCUCACUGUGAUCCCUAAUGGUCGAGGAGGCUCUGCAGAAAGUGAGAUUCCAUAUCCUGAAGAAAAGGUUGAGAGGACAGAACGGGGUAAAAGCCCCAACAUGGUCAUCCACGUGUGUGAUGAGGCAAAGAACCUGAAGCAGGACUUCGUGUGUCCGAGGAACCUGCUGGUGAGAGAGAUGCGUUACUUUGAAGAGUAUCUGUCCGUGGACCCACAGCGCUGGGACGAGGUAGACAUUUCUGUCCACUGUGAUGUCCAGAUCUUUGACUGGCUAAUGAACUACGUCAAGAGUCACAGCACUGAACAUUCGCAUGGAAAACACCUCGACAAGCCCAAAUUGGAGCACAGCAAUGUCAUCUCUAUCCUGAUCUCCUCCGAGUUCUUGAAGAUGGAAACUUUAGUUGAGGAGUGUAUCCAGUAUUGUCACAAACACAUGUGUGCCGUUAUAGCAACGCCAUGCAAUAUGAACUGCAUCAACAACAAACUGGCCAGACGCAUUGCUGAUCUAUUCAGCCACAAUGAGGCAGAUGACCUCAGGGACAAAAAAGACAAAUUCAAAAGCAAACUGUUUCAGAAGAAGAUUGAGAGAUUGUUCGAUCCUGAUAAUCAGAAUCACGACUCUCCUGGUAACGCAUCUACUUUGCACCGAUGUGGACUUUGCCAUAAGCUUCUAACCAAAGAAACGGAGAGAAAAAUCCCUUGUGUUCCAAACAAAAUCAACAUAGACACCCAGGGGAACAUUAUAUUCACUCACACCAGACAUAAGGCAUGGGAGGUACAUGAGUAUUUAAAUGAACUUUAUGAAGAGUUGAAGUCCUGGGUUCUGGUCUACUGGAGGAUCUGGGGCACCAUCAACUUCCUCACCUGCACGUGUUGCAAACAGGCAUUCCUGUGUACAGAGUUGGGCCAAUGUAAAUACCACCCAGAGGCCAUUGUGUAUCCUGGUAUCAGGACAGAUCAUAAAUGGCACGGCAUAGGUCAUUACCCCUGCUGCAACCAGAGAGUCCUACGAUUUGAACCCUCCUCCAUGCCCAAGGGCUGUAAAAAAAGAGACCACAUUGUGAGUGCGGCAGAUGGUGAAAACUGUGGCGAUCACAAUGUAAACUCAACACAGACCAGAAUACUGAAUGACUUGCUGCUACACAGGGAGGCUGUGUGUGUGCCCGAGAGCUCUGAGGACCCUUCUGCAGGCAGUGAACACGUGCCAGGCUGUGAUAUAACGCUUCAGUCAGGGGUGCUUACAGCUCACAGACCUGGGGAAACCACAGCUUUUUCACUGUUAAAAAACUGGAGUCUGCAGCUGUGGCAGCAGUCUAUGUUGUCUGAAGAUGAGUACACUACAGGGUCAGAGGUCACAGAAGACGAGGUUGGGGAUGAAGAACACACUUCAAAAACACAAGCUGCAAAAAAGGCAAGGAAAUCUGGCAAACCUUUGAAAAGAGAAGUGUCCUCACCAAAUUUCCAGCAUAAAGAGAAAUCUGUAGAGAAGGUGCCUUCUCGAGACUCAACCCCAUUCAUCAUCAGCAUCCAGAAGAAUAAGUGGGAUAGCUCUCGCUCCAUGAGGUACAAUCAGGAUGCUCAGAGGGAGGAGGAUCAGAGGAGAAUGGAGGAGAUUAUAGCAAAUCUCACUAAAAUGCGCUUUGGUGACCAGGAGCAGAUGAAAUUUAAAGACACCAAAGAGCCUGCUGGGGGGAUCUAUUCUAGACUGGAGGCCCAGUUAAAGGCCUCUUCUCAGCCCAGUGGAAGACACAGCAGCUCGGAGAAAACUCUAAGAGCGAAGACACGCUCGGGGCCGUCAAGACCGACUUAAGAGGAAAGAUGGAGUUGAGUGGAUGAGUUUGUGAAAAGAGGAGUAAAGAGGUUGCUGCUGUUUGACAAGCUAGAAGAAACUACCGCUCUCUUCAUCCAUCCUUUGCUCCACUCCUCACCCCCCUCUCCAAACUCCAGCCAGACACAACAAGAAUAACAUUAGAAUCCGUUACAAUCCUGUGAGAAGAAUGGAAUGCUGGCAGAGUCAGUGAUGUCAUAAUUGUAGCUAUAGAACAUUAACAAUGGACCUAAUAGAACCUUCAGUUGCACUGCAAACAAUACAAGCUUUUGGCUGCUAUUGAAUUGGUUGCAACAACUACAAUCUGUGUAUCCUCUUCCUGCAUCUGUAUGAGUCACAUGAGUACUGUUGGAUUAUAUUUAGCAUCUUUUGCUUCAUCUCAUCUCUUUCUGCCUCAGGAUGCAUCCCAGCCUCAGUCUAUUGUAACGUCCAUGCCAAUGCAUCAUUCUAGCCGACUCAGGUGACCAGACAAAGCUCUUAUCCGUGGUACUGACCCUGCACUUUAAGCCGUCUUAAUGCAAUGACUUAAACCUGUAUAAUACGCAGAGGAGACUCUAUAGAGAG